UAGAGGGGUAGUGGAGGAACGCAUGGAGGUAGAGAAGGAGGAGGUGGAGGCCGGGAGACAGCGAAGGUCUUUUACUGAGAGGGUCCAAAUUCUACGGACUAGCAGCCGGUGAGCCAUCUGAAAAGAGACAUAAAUGGGGGAAGAGAACAGAAGACUGAUAAAUGUAAUUUCAUGGCACCAUAAUCAAAACAGGGCCGCUACUCAGGCAGAGCUACUAUGGUUGGACAGUGACAUCAGGGGGAGGAAGGACACCUAUGCAAGACAUUCUUGUUUACCACCAUACAGUAACAUGUAGGUGUGUGAGAGAUGGCUGGCUUUGUGGCUAUUAUGCAUAACAUAAACAGCAGGGAACUAGAUUCAAACAGAUUCCCUAGCUAGCUAACGUUAGCUAACUUCACUGACAACUGCUGAUACGACAAUAAACCACCAGAGUUUUUAGAUAGUUCUUUUUCUAGUGGCUUGACCAUCCAAUAAAACGGCGUCGUGUUUCGCAACCACUGUGUGAGUAUUUACGAAAUAGGCUUAGAUUUUUCUUCGAAUAACCUCCGUGUGACUUUGCCUGCGUCUUCCUUCUCUCUUUCCACGCGCCUGUGUCCUCCCAUUAUAAAACGCCCACAUCCACAAACCGGAGAAAAACGACUGCCAUUACAUGCCAAUGUCACCCAGAAUAUCAUUGUAGUGACACAGACAAAUAACACAAAACACUUACCGUUCUGUACACUAUCGUACUGUAUGAAGUACUUCCGUUUAGAUAAGAGGACGCACAGAUUAUUUGUGGGUCUCAUGUUUAAAUUUGAGCGAGUAGCGCCGCCACGAGUUAAAAUUCAGAACUACAGUGGCGUCAGUGCACUUGAAGGGUUAUGAAAGGUUCUCUUGCAAAACAAUGGGAAGACCUCGAGAUAAAAGAGUUCUCGAGAUAGAGUAGGUGAGGUGGAUUUGCAAAUCGUGGAGACCUCACCACACGGAAUCUGACACAGAAGGAGAUAUUAUUGUCUACCUUUGUCAAUUAAUCAUACAGCGCAAAAUAUUGCGGAUACCCAUACAAAAUUACCAUAAGGAGCUGCUUUCAAUCUUGAAGAUGUAACAGAUGGAAAGAGAAUGGGGAUACCUAGUCAGUUGCACAACUGAAUGCAUUCCGCAUUUAACGCCUCAGAAUCAAAGAGGUACUGGCGGCUGUCUUAAUCGACGUCUACGUCAUCGGUGCCCGGAGAGCAAUUGUUGGGGAUUAACUGCCUUGCUCAAGGAGAGAACGGUAGAUUUUUUUCACUUUGCCGGCUCCGGGAUUCAAACCAGCGACCUUUCGGUUACUGCCCCAAUGCUCUAAACCGCUAUAGGCUAUCUGCCUACAAAGUUCACUGCAUUGAGCUCAGGCAUCUAUAAAUUCACCUAAGCGAAAUUAUCAAUAUGGGUAGCAUGCUGGCCCUUUCUCUUCAGAGAACCAUUCAUUCAUAAUUGAUGGGGAGACUAAAAUGAAAGUGAGAAGUGAGGCUGUCUCGACCACCUUUCAUGUCAGGUGGCCACCGGAUGAAAGGUAGAGAGAUGUGGGUGUGUGAGGUGCAGAGGAGACUGAGACUAGAUUAGGAGAGUAGAGUAGAGGAGAGUAGACAGCAGACACAGACAGACAGACAAUGGAUUCAGAAAUGGGGGCAAGGCAUUGCUGCUGCUGAUGAUGAUGAUGAUGUGGACAGGAGGACCAGACUGCUGCAUUAACAAUGAAUGGAUAUUCAAUCAAAGCCAGCUUAUUCCUGAAGUUGAGAACUGAGAAGGCAGAGAGAAAACACCUGACCCUGGUGCCUUGUUGAACAAGAUGUUUUGACCUAUCCGGACAUUGGUGAAGUGACUUCGGGAUUUUUUUUUAACUAACUACAUUUAGGAAGUCUAACAAGAGGUCUUCCCUGAGCAUAUCAACCAGAGGUGGUCAUCUUACCAAAUGAAAUGUUUUACCCCAUCCAAUACCAUUAAACACAGUCUCCCAUCUACCUCCACCUGUAACAAGGUAGAAUGUCCCAGCCUUCCCGACACUGGCAGUUUGAACGUGGGGACAGAUCUGAUGACUUCUGGAGGCACCUCAAAGAGGGGGAGGAGGAGAGAGGAGCAGAUGUAAUGCUCCAGAGGACGGGUGAAGAGAUGAGACCCUCUAUCACCCUCCGCCCCCCACCUUUGUUCCGCAGCAUCGGGCUGUCGGCCAGCCUACCGCCCCACCGACGUCUCCGCUCCAUAUUCCGCAGAUCCAGAGCGGUGCUGCCUGCGAAUACACACGCCGGCGCGGUUUCAGGAACACACACCCUCCAAGAUUUACUGUCAGGCACCCACAUCAACACACUCCCACAUCAACUGACUCACAAUGACGUAGUGUCAGAGAAGGACGUUCACAUAAACACAGACUCAGAGACACAAACACAGACCAAGAGACUCAUGAGUGCACAUGGGCUCACUGUAUUAGAACCACCAACAGGACCUCUCACAGAUACACUCUCAUUCAUAGUCGGUGCUGAAAGCAGACAGCAGGGUGGACAGCCUUUUUCUCAGGAUUCCCCACCCUUAAGGACCCAUAUCAAAGGCAGGGCAAGAUGGGGCAGAGCAGUGUCUCCUCUUAAAAUGCGAGAUGAUCUUGGGACUGGAGAGGGAGGAGUGAAAGAGAAGCAGAAGGUGAAGAGGAGGAGGCUGGACUGUAAAGGAGAGGACCAUGCCAAUGACAGAUAUGUGGCCCCGUCCUUCACGCCAGAGACAGAGGGAGAUGGUGGACUGUGCCAGUGGUUACAAAGUCUGGGGAUUGGAGAUCGAGAGGAGGAGGCCACUUCUCCCAACAGAAGUAAACAGCAGCAGAGUGGGUUCAGAGAGAGGAUGGCUGGACACAGAGAGGGGUAUUCACAUCCAGCAGCCAACCACAGGAGAGACAGACGCCCCCACUUCCUCCCGCCUAUCUGUCAGUCUGGCUCCCUCCUGCACGUACCCCUGCUGCUUCCCGAAAACUCCCCGCCACCCUCGCCAUGCACCUCCCCACACGCCCCCUUCCACCCCUUGCCUGUACCCCUCCUCCACCCUCUGCCCUUCAGGAGGAAGUAAUAUUGUCCAGCAAAGGAAAGGGGUCUCUCAUCUCAAGAGGCCCAUUUGUGUUUAUGCUUUAUGCGGUUUUCUGUCUUGUUACUUCGGCAUAUUCUGACUGACACUUAGCUUAUAUAAUGUAUUUGCAUAUAGCGCAUUACGCCUCCACAUCCUUAACAAGUCUUAUCCAGGUAUAAUGUAUGUUGCUCUUGCCUAUUAUACUGUACAUCCUUUACAAAUAAUCACAUUAAUAGUUUCUAAGGAUAUGCUGUCCUGUCACAUUUCAAUUGCAUUAAAUGUAGCAUGUAUAGUUUGAAAGAUCCAGGGCAUUGUUGUUUCUCAGGAUUAACAUCAACAAGUGAACCAACCUCAGCGUUUCAGUAAUGGUGUGCCCUGCCUUGUCCGUCUAUAGACCGUGUCCAGAUAUCCCCCGCAGAGAGCCCCCUCCUCUGAUCAGAGUGGAGGCCCAUGUUGUUUUUGAGGUGUCGGUUGGGGCCUGAACAGUGCUGUGCUCUGUGUGAAGCCUGUGGUGGGAGCUGCGUGUCAGGGCCAGAACACCGGCGUCUCAGUCCUCCUCACUGCCCGCCUCGCACAGCCUGCCGUUUAUGUGUUUACCCUCAAACGCAGCCCAAAAUGUUUGUGAGUCAGGCUCUUUUUUUUCAACCCGCCCCUCCCAUUAGGCGCCAAACUAACAUUGCACCGGAAAUUGCAGGGAUAUCUGGGAUUUUUGAGGGGUCCCAGCAGACAGGGGGCGAGGUCGAGAACAAGGAAGCUUUCUGUGACAUCUUAGAGGUGA